UUGACAAAUGCUACAAAUAAAGAAAACAAUACAAAAGAGUACGAUACAAAUCCAAAUACUACACAUAUAAAUUAUACAGAAUUGCACAUCUUGAAAUGGGUUUGGUUUACUAUUGGUUUUGGAACUAGUGUACUCAUAAUGUUAAUUAUUAUAAAUGCCAAAUUAUAUUGUCAAGUCUGUAAUUGUAUCUUCAGGAUCCUUCGACGGCAUUUCAUCAUUUGGUAUAAUUGGUGUUUUUCCAUUAAUAUAUAUUCUGUCUCGGCAGAACAAAUUGUUAUGUCUAGAUCAGAACACACGUCGUCUGCUGCACAAUUGGGACAACGCACGUCGUCUGCCGCAACACAAUCUACAUCGUUUGUCUCACAAUUGCGCCAAUCUACGUCUACCUCACAAUUGCCCCAAUCUACGACGUCUGCCUCAAAACUGCCCCAAUCUAUGUCGCUUGACUCACAAUUGCCCCAAAUUACGUCAUUUGCCUCAAAAUUGCCACAAUCUCAGUCGCUUAACUCAAAAUUGCCAGCACGAUUCAUCAAGUUGCCUGUUUCACAAUUGCCAGCACCCACGUCGACUGUCCGGCAAUUGCCAGGACCCACGCCUCUCUCAAAAUUGCCACAACCUUCGUUGUCUGUCGCACAAUCUGAGUCGUAUGAGUUACUAAAAUUGGAACGAUACAUGAAGCGGUAUUUGCCUUCCUCAACACUUUCACAAUCUACGCCGCUUAUGUCAGAAUUGCUCCAAUCUCAGUCGCCUAAAACACAAUUGCGAUUCAUCAAAUCUAUGUCGUCUGUCACAAAUCAGUCACAAUCUUCACAACAAUCACAACCGUUAAAAGUCUCACAGCAAUCGCACAUGCCACAGCAACAAGCACCAUCAAUUCCAGUUUCAAAUCAAUUGCAAGUUAUGGCCCAACCUACAACUACCCCGGUUACCGCACAAAUCACAACCAUACCUGCCAUAACGAUUGCCAAAUCAACUGCGAUCACAACAACUGCAUCGACGACUUCUGACACUAAUCCUGAAGAUUAUAUAAAUCCGCUGUUUAAAUAUUGAUAAUACGCUGAUCAUACGUUAUAUUGUCGUAUAUGACAAAUUUUAAGGACUCACUAAUUUUUGAUAUUACUGUGAUGAUGGAUUGUUAAACGAGUUUUAAUUCCUGAUGAAGAUUAUAUAAAUCCGCUGUUUAAAUGUUGAUAAUACGCUAAUUAUAUACGU